GUUCUAUCCUGAACAUGCAUUAACAUUUGAAAAAUCGAAUUCGCCUUCGCCUGACUUUUUUUUCACCAAUACAAGCUCGAAAUUAUUCCGCAUAUUAGUUCGUUGUCGUCGGUUACAAACUACAAAGCCCGCAAAAGUGCUUUCCUCCAUCAUUUUUGGAACGGAAAAUCUCGUGUGCACCGGUUGUUCGAGGAUAUUCAAGUUUACUCCUUGAAUCCUGUAUACAUACGCUGGCGACCGUUUAUGCUCGACAAUUUGAAAUUCGCCCCAGUACAAAACCAGUAAGAAAAAGAAGAAACCGAUAGUAUUUGUGUCCUGUCUGUAUCGAAAGCAACUGAAUCGUGAAUUGGUGAGCAGACUGCGAUUCGGCCAAUAUGAGCUCCGCUAAGCCUGAUGAUAAAUCUAACGAUAUCCCGGAGAAACUUUACGAUGCAGCUACGAAGAAAACCUACAAGCGAUUGCGGUUUUUUGGGAAGGGAGGUUUCGCCAAGUGCUAUGAAAUCAUGGAUGUCGUUACAAUGGAAGUGUUCGCCGGAAAGAUCGUUUCCAAGAAGCUAAUGAUGAAACACAAUCAGAAGGAAAAAAUGACACAGGAAAUUACCAUACACCGAUCACUUAAUCACAAGAACAUUGUUGGCUUCCAUAGCUUCUUUGACGAUCCUUUGAACAUUUAUAUUGUUCUUGAGCUCUGCAAGAAACGGUCGAUGAUGGAAUUACACAAGCGGCGGAAAAUUAUCACCGAUUAUGAGUGUCGUUACUACAUUCAUCAAGUUUUAACGGGUGUAAAAUAUCUGCACGACAGAAACAUUAUUCAUCGAGACUUAAAAUUGGGUAAUCUUUUUCUCAAUGAUGAGUUGCACGUCAAAAUUGGCGAUUUUGGAUUGGCAACCAAAAUUGAGUACGAGGGAGAGCGUAAGAAGACACUGUGCGGUACGCCCAACUACAUUGCACCGGAGAUAUUGAACAAAAAAGGCCAUAGCUAUGAAGUAGAUAUUUGGUCAAUCGGUUGUGUUAUGUACACGCUUCUUGUUGGACAACCUCCGUUCGAAACGAAAAGUUUGAAAGAUACGUACACAAAAAUUAGAAAAUGCGACUAUCGUCUUCCUGCGACCCUCCGGUCCAGCGCCGCUGAGAUGAUAUGUUCUAUGUUGCAAUCGGAUCCGAUAAAACGGCCCAGUGUGACACAGUUAUUUGAUUUUGAGUUUAUCUCUUGUAGCCACAUUCCAGCUUCUCUUCCAAUUUCAUGUCUAACAAUGGCACCACGAGCCGAUCAACUUGAAUCUGCAGAUCGCGCGGGUAGGAAACCACUCGCUGAAGUUAAUGAUGAUACUCGAUUUGAAUCAUCCUUCUUGAAAAACAACCUCCAUGAUGCAAUAACUGCAUCCGGAACAAUGUCAAGACACAAUGAAGGAUAUCGCACCGAUAUUGAGAACUUGUACAAACAACUUAGCUCGUUAAUUGCAUCAAAGCCGCCGAAAUUAAUGGCAAACUUAGACGACGAAAACACUGACCCAGCAGUACAACCACUUUUUUGGGUUUCGAAAUGGGUAGAUUACAGCGAUAAGUACGGGUUUGGGUACCAGCUCUGCGACGAAGGUAUGGGAGUAAUGUUCAAUGAUACCACCAAACUGAUCAUGCUUGCCAAUGGAUUAAACGUUCAUUUCAUCGACAAAGAGGGUGUAGAGACAUACAUGGAUGUUAACAACUAUCCGCCUCAGAUGGAGAAAAAAAUGAAACUUUUGUCCUAUUUCAAACGCUAUAUGACAGAGCAUUUAGUAAAAGCCGGUGCUGGUGCCGUAAACAUUGAAAGUGAUCAGAUAUCGCGUAUACCUCAUUUGCACACUUGGUUCCGAACAAUGUGUGCAGUGGUAAUGCAUCUGACUAAUGGUACCGUGCAGCUCAAUUUCUCUGAUCACCAGAAAAUCAUUCUGUGUCCCCUCAUGCGUGCCGUCACACUUAUGGACAACAACAAGAAUUUUCGAACAUAUCGCAUCUCCACCAUCCAGGAACAAGGGUGCUCAAGCGAUCUGUACCAAAAAAUACGAUAUGCACAUGAAAAACUAAAGAAACUGCUAGAGAAACUUACGUAGAUAGAAGCAACUUACAUACACACUGAUAGAUUUAGAUUUUAAACCAGUAAAACAAUCCAAUGAGCAGUUUCCAUUCCAAUGUCUGUCUCAGAUUCAAUGAAUACUUCGAUUUAUGUGGUGCAAUUUUGCGCACAGCAUUUCUGUUAG